AUGUACCGGAAGCUGGAGGAGGGAGGUACUGAGCAACAACUUCCGAAUCACGGAAUAACGGUCGUUGAUGACUUCCUGCCGUAUGAACCUCAGCCAGAGGAUGUUAGGUGUCUCCCGGAGACGUCGUACGGCGAGUACGGCUGGAAGGUCGGGAACAGCCCCGUGAUGCCCACCUACCGCUGGACCAGGUCAGCCGGCUUGUCUUUCAUGCACAAACAGCUGGGCUGGCCGGAGGACCAUCAGUGGUGAACCCGCUGACCAGUGUCCACUCAUGUCCAGCACAACAAAACAACAAGUGCUAGAAAGUUUUGUUUUUUUAAUCAUUACUGCUCUUGUAUCUUACUGAUACGAUGUACUGAAUGAACGUGUUGUGAUAAGGCUACGUUGUAAUGAAUAAAAACAAUGUGUAUUUGCUACUC